AGAAUGGACAUCGCUUUGGCUUUGGAGAUCGAGCAGGUCUCGCGUCAGAAGGCGCUGGAGGAGGAAGCGCUUCGCGGCGUGUCGGCUGUGCGGCAGUUCUACGCGGGAACCACAGCGCUGAUCACUGGAGGGACGGGCUUCAUCGGGAAACAACUCAUAGAGAAGCUUCUAAGAUCAUGUGACGUUAAGCGGAUUUACAUACUGAUGAGGUCGAAAAAAGGGAAAUCAAUGUCAGAAAGACUGCAGUCACAAUUAAACGAGCCAGUAUACGACAAUUUACGAUCUCAACAACCAGAUUUCACUCGGAAAGUUAUACCGGUGGAAGGCGACAUCUCAGAGCUAGGCGUCGGCCUGAACAACGAAGACAGGAUGAAGCUUGCGCAAGAGGUGAAUGUGAUAUUCCAUGUGGCUGCCACGACCAGGUUCGAAGAGCCACUGAAGAAGGCCACAUUCAUCAACGUCAGAGGAACCAGGGAGAUCAUGGAAUUGGCCAAAUGCUGCAAAGAUCUAAGGUCCUUCGUACACGUGUCAACUGCGUUCUCUAAUGCAACCAAGAGUAAAAUAAAUCACGAUUUGGAAGAGAAAAUCUAUGAAAGCCCUGUCCCUCCGGAAGUCAUGAUACAGCUCGCGGAGACAGUCGAAGAAUGCAGACUCAACGCGAUCACUGCUGAUUUGAUAAGGGACUGGCCCAACACGUACUGCUUCACGAAGGCCAUAGCUGAGGAUGUCGUGCGUACAAUGGGCAAGGAUUUACCUGUGGCCAUAGUGAGGCCACCCGUAGGCAAGUAUUCAAGGGCUUUUCUUUCAGAAAUAGUUAAAGUCGAGACAUAUAAAUAUGUAGUAACUGGCCACAUGUGUAGUUUAACACCGGACCUCUUAUGUGACGAUCGAAGCAAUCCAUUAUAUUUUCCGUUUUCAGUUGUCUGCACGCUCAAUGAACCCACACCUGGAUGGCUGGAUAUGAGCUCGGUGAUUGGUCCAAGCGGGAUAUUUUUGACAUUAAUGCUAGGCGUUAUGCACGUAAUUUUAAGGAGUGAUGUUAGCAUUCCAAUAAUGCCCGUGGACUACGUCAACAAUGCGGUAAUAGCAACAGCAUCGUAUACCAAUAAACGUUACAAUAAGAAUGAAAAAGGAAUUAAAGUUUAUAAUAUAAGCUGUUCUGGGAGCAAAAUUGAAACAUCUUUUGUGUCUGAUUUCCUGAACAAUCCUAACACACAACAGUACGCUACGCCGAAAGCCGUUUGGUACUGUUAUGGUUUUGAGACCAGUAGCGAUGUUGUAUUUUGGUUGUUAACAUGGCUACUGCAUUAUAUACCUGCGUAUGUAGCCGACUUCGUGUUUAAUGUGACCUCCAUGAAGCGUCCUGAGGGCAUAAAGUCAUUCGUUAAAAUGUAUGAAAAGAUAUACAACAUGUCUUUGUUGUACGGCUAUUUCCUGAGGAACCAGUGGAAUCUUGUCGAUGACAACACCGUGGCCAUGUUGAACCAAAUGUCAAAAACGGACAGGAUAUUGUUCAAUUUUGAUGUUGCGAAGAUCGAUUGGUCGCACUAUAUGUCGAUAUGGUUGAUAGGCAUAAGAAAGUUCAUCAUUAAAGACGGCCUCAAAGACAGCGAAUAUGGUAGGAAGAAACAGAGCUGGUUGAAGAUAGCUAAUUUAUGUUAUCAUGGACUAUUUUUUGGAGUCGUCAUUUUUUUUGUGUACAUUUGCUGUGCAAUAUUCAUGUAUGUGUUUCGAUCAUUUGAGCAUGCAGUAUAGACUUAUUUAAAGUGCACCAUGUGAAAUAUAGUAAUAUAAAGUAACUUACUUUUUUGUAAUGUAGUUGGUGAAGGUUUGAAGUCGCAGUUACCAGGAGUAUUGGUACUAAAUUGCCACUCCUAUAUUGUUUGUUA